AUAUUUUAUUUUUAUAUUGAGGCUUGGUUUGAUGUGAGAAUAAAAAACAAAAAUAAAAUAAAACAUGAAAGCAGCAACAAGCUUUGGUGGUGGAGGCAAGGAUGAUUCUUCUGCUUCUGUUUCUACCAAGAACAAUAAACCCAAAUAUUCUAGAUUCACACAGCAAGAGCUUUCUGCGUGUAAACCUAUUUUAACACCAGGAUGGGUCAUUUCAUCAUUCAUUGUUAUUGGAGUUGUGUUUAUCCCUAUAGGCCUUGCUUCCUUGUUUGCAUCAGAACAUUUGGUGGAAAUUGUGGAACGAUAUGACACAGAUUGCAUUCCUCCUGCUUAUAGAAAUAACAGCCUACAUUACAUACGAGCCAGCGAAACAAACAAGACGUGCACUAGAACCUUCAAUGUUCCAAAGCAUAUGAAAAGUCCUGUUUUCAUCUAUUACGAGCUUGAUAACUAUUACCAAAACCAUCGCCGAUAUGUAAAAAGUCGAAGUAAUACACAGUUGCGAGGCAAGGCCAGUGAAAGUGCCACAGAUACCUGCAAACCAGAAGCAGUCACUUCGAAUGGACAACCAGUUGUUCCCUGUGGCCUUGUUGCUUGGAGUUUGUUCAAUGACACCUACAGGUUUUCAGUCAAAAACGAGGUUUUAGAUGUUAGCAAAAAGAACAUCGCUUGGAAAAGUGACCAGGAGAAUAAAUUUGGUUCUGAUGUUUAUCCUAAAAAUUUCCAGAGUGGAAGCUUGAUUGGGGGUGGAAAACUCAAUUCAAGCAUACCUUUGAGUGAACAAGUAGAUCUAAUUGUAUGGAUGCGCACUGCAGCACUGCCAACGUUCAGAAAACUAUAUGGAAAGAUAGAAAGGGACCUUCCUGCUAACACUACAAUUACGGUUAUCAUUCAGAAUAAUUAUAAUACUUACAGUUUUGGAGGCAAAAAGAAGCUGGUUCUUUCAACCACGAGUUGUUUAGGUGGAAAAGAUAAUUUCUUGGGCAGUGCGUAUCUAUUUGUUGGUGGCUUGUGCUUGUUCUUGGCAGUGUGCUUCAUACUUGUAUAUGUGUUAAGGCCAAGGCCCAUUGGCGAUCCAUCCUACUUAUCUUGGAACAGGAAUCCAGGAGGAUAAGUGAAUUAGAACUCUAAACCAUGUUCUGUCAAUUUACAAGUUUGUGAUCCACCUUCUAGCCAUGCUUCUGCACAAGCUUCAUUUCUAUCGCACCAAACCAACAGUUCCGUAUAGGAAUCUAGAGCUUUGCAUUCUGAUAAAUGCAAUGACAUAUUGUCAUUAACUUAUUAUAUGAUGGGCUGAUUUUCGUCGUAUCA